AGUGUAGUCUGCCAAUAAACCUCGAAGAAGAAUACGAGCAAGGCGCAUGCGGUGUUUGUGUGGGGCUUUUGCUAGCUUAGCCGUGUAACAAGCUGUGCAUCCCUGCGCGAAACGAUCAACCAAAUAGGCCUUAUUCUAACAUCGGAAGCAGGCUACUGUAGUUAGGUAUCUCUCUAAUUCUUUGUUGUGUUAUAUUUUAUGUUAGAGUUAGGUCAGGUCGUUGUCUAUAUUAGUUAGCUCAACUAAUCCACAUAAAAUGACUGAUCAAUCAUCACUGCUGCUUCGAAAACAACUGGCAGAACUCAACAAGAACCCCGUGGAGGGAUUUUCUGCCGGUCUCAUAGACGAUGAUGACAUCCAUCAGUGGGAGGUGGUCGUUAUUGGCCCUCAAGAUACAUUAUUUGAGGGUGGUUUCUUUAAAGCCUACCUGACCUUUCCCCAUGACUACCCUCAUAGGCCCCCGAAGAUGAAGUUCAUCACAGAAAUAUGGCAUCCCAAUGUGGCAAAGAAUGGUGACGUGUGUAUCUCCAUUCUGCAUGAGCCCGGAGAAGACAAGUUUGGCUAUGAAAAGCCUGAGGAGCGCUGGCUGCCCAUCCACACUGUAGAGACCAUCAUGAUCAGUGUCAUCUCCAUGCUGGCCGACCCGAACGGCGACUCACCCGCCAACGUGGACGCAGCCAAGGAAUGGAGAGAGGAUCCUUGCGGAGAGUUCAAAAGGAAGGUCGCUCGCUGUGUACGAAAGAGUCAGGAGAUGGCGUUUGACUAGGCCCCCUCCUCGACACAAACCCACUGAAAUUUUUACCUUGGCGGAUACAUCAUGUCACUCUUCAAUAAAGACUUUUGCACCCGUGUUCUGCUCUUAGGAAGAUGUGGAAUAAAAAGCCAACCCUUUUCUUUAGUUGUGUAAAUAGGGUCAAGUAAAUGUGUGUAGAUAAACAUCCCCCUCAUGGUUAUUGUCCAGUUCUCACCUUAUACUUAUUUAUUUAGAUGAUCAUGACAAUUCAAGAUGUAUUUGUUUUGAUGAGCUUAUUCUUUAUUUUCAACCUGCCACUGAGCCAUCUAUUUUAGACUUGUCUCUUAUGCAAUUUUGGAGUUCAGAGUAUUUGAAGAGAUUGUUACCAACAAAGGCUUUCGUUGCCCGUUCUAUACCCCUGGAAGCCCAUCCCCUCAAGUGUUCUGCAAAGUCCUUUCAAAGAGGUCAAUACACUCUGCUGCCUUAAGUUGUUUUCCUGUAAGCAAAGGAAACUGUCUCCAGUGAUGUCAACAUCUGUCUGGAUACAUUUCUUCUGUGUUUGAUCAAUAUUUUUGGGGAUAAACCAAAAACAUUAGCAUGAUGAACAGAGAAUAUUUUUUGUAAUAAAGAUCAUCUAAAAUUUGA